UCGCCACUCAAUUAUCAUGGCGCUUAAGUUGAAACUCAAGCCAGUCAAACAGGAGCCCAAUGAUGACCUGACAAAGUCCGAUAUUCCCAAGGUGAAGCUCAAACUCACACCGUCACUCACGCUACGCGCGCCCUCUGCUGAUGCAGUUAAAAAGCCCAAGGUAGGUGGAUUGCCACAGAUCCGGCUCAAGCCACCUAGCGGUUUAGUCCCCAAGAAGAUCAUUCCGCGGAUUAGAGUCAAGCCGACGCGAAUUCCCGGCGAUGGCUACGAUUCAGAGGCACCAGACCGUGAAGACGACCCGUUGAUAGAGGAUGGGAUAGUAGUGCGAAUGUUGCCUGGGGUUGCUAAAGGUGACUUGGACUUUUUGCAGAACUGCAUUGAGACUGGUGAUAUGAGUGGUGUUUCAAUCAAGUGGGUCGACCAGCGAAGGGCCGUGUUGCUGCUCAACAACCGCACGUUGUACGGGGGAAAGCUCCUUGAUCUCCCGACGAUACUCGAAGCACACAAAACCAUCGACAAGAAAAACAUCUUCAAGACGAUAGAUAUAUGCCAGAUAUUGCUUAUAACCAACAAAUUGGCGCUGGAGAGCGAUAUCCACAAUCCCGAUCUCUUAUUCAACGCGUACAAAAAUGACAUCUACGUGGACGGAGUGACGUUUCCGAUGAAGCAGGCGCGUAAGCGCUUCCGCAAACGGAUGAGCAAUAAGGAUAUUGAGUCGGUGGAGGACCGUGUGGAUGAGCUCUUGAAGUUAGAUGAAGAGUCCAUGGAGUCCGCGUGGGAGUUGGUUGAUGUCAACCAGACGCCGUCGAUCUCCACCGCUGCGACUCCGUACGCGCCCAACGAGUCUGAGGACGACUAUGACGAGGAAGAAAAAGAUGAGGAUGUGGACAUGGACAUUGAAGCGGAGCUUGCCAGGGCGUUGGAUGAAGACGAAAGCGUCAUCCAGGAAGAGGAAGUCGCGGACGAUGACGAUGAUGACGAUGAUGAUGAUGAUGAUGACGAUGAUGAUGACGAAGAUGAAGAUGACGAGGAUGAUGAUGACGAGGAGCUCGGGCCGGAAGCGGCGGCACUCAAAAAGGAACGCGUCAAGCUUAAACAGGAAAUCAAGGAUAUCGAACAAGCGUUAGAUCGCAAGAAGCAGCAGGUGCGCAAGUCGCAUGGCUUGAACCACGCAAGUCUCGAGUUGAACAACGUCCAGGCGUCGUUGGAAGCCAAGCGGAAGCAAUUGCAGGCUGUGGAGGAGCAGGAACAGAACUUGGGGGCACCUGCAGUGAGGGAGGUGGUUGAGGAAGAUAAGAAUGACGAGGUGGACGACGAGGAGAAUGCCGAGGAGAACGAAGAAGAUGACUUUGAUGACCUUUUUUAACUAGUGUGUGGCACGUGCACCAAAAGAAUCGGUGUAUUAGAAGUCAGUCUGGUGGCGUUUAGCGUUUUGUUUAAGCUACGCGGAAAGCGGGUACGUAGCAUGGAUCCAUUAAGUACGCCCGAUCCACCAGUGUUGGAAAGUCCAAGCCAAAGAUAUAGCCCAUCAAUUUACACAUCACAGCGGUAUAGCUUGCAUUGUAAUUAGAGGCGAUACUCAAAACACUCUCAUCCGCGUAUACCGUUUUCCAUUUUAAA